AUGUGGAAAUGGAGUGCGUACAGAUUGGCAGGAAGAAGGACAGGAAUUAACAGAAUAAGAUUGACUGUAAUUUGUAGCGCCUGUAAACACUUGUCAACAGUGAGAAGUUCGUUGUCGAAAGUGAGAAAUAUAGGAAUCAUUGCCCAUAUCGAUGCGGGCAAGACCACUACGACAGAGAGGAUGCUUUACUAUGCGGGAGUCUCGAAACACAUCGGGGACGUCGACACUGGUGAUACGAUUACUGAUUUUUUGGAACAGGAGAGAUCACGAGGUAUUACCAUUCAAAGUGCUGCAAUUUCAUUUCCCUGGAGAGAUUCUUUUACAGUGAAUCUCAUUGAUACGCCAGGACAUAUAGAUUUUACCUUUGAAGUGAUCAGGGCCUUGAAGGUUAUUGAUGCAUGUGUUGUCAUUCUGGAUGCUGUGGCCGGCGUGGAGGCGCAAACAGAGAAAGUUUGGGGUCAAAGUCAAAGUAAGCCUAAAAUUUGCUUUAUUAAUAAAAUGGACCGAAUGGGGGCUAGUUUUAACCAUACGGUAAAUGAUUUGAUUGGAAAUUUUAUGCAAGGAACAACCAGUAAACCGGUUCUAAUAAAUAUUCCCUAUUAUGAAAAACACCCAGCUAGUAACGAUUAUGUUUUUCAAGGUGUCAUUGAUGUUAUAAACGAGAAACGCCUUACAUGGAAUCCAGAAGAUCCAGAUGAAAUUACCAUAGAUGACCUGGACGGCAUUUCACUCAAACAAUGUAAUCGUUGUAAGGAAUCAAUGAUAGAGACUUUAACCGAAUUCGACGAAGACUUAGUUCAGCACUUCCUUGAAGAGGCGGAGGGUGAUUAUUCUAAAGUAUCUGCCCAAUCGUUGAAUGCUUCUAUAAGAAAGUUGACAGUGCAAAACAAGAUCGUACCUAUUUUAUGCGGUGCUUCGUUUAAGAAUAUUGGUGUACAGCCUUUAUUAGACGCAGUUGUUAAUUAUCUUCCAUCACCGAUUGAAGCCACACUACCAGAAUUGAACGAUAAAGAUAUUCCAAUGAAGUAUGACCCCAAGGUUGGAUGUCUAGUAAAUGACAACAAGAAUUUUUGCAUCGCUUUCGCAUUCAAGGUUAUUACCGAUCCGAUCAGGGGCAAACAAGUCUACGUCAGAAUUUAUUCAGGAAGACUAAAUAGUGGCAAUACUGUUUAUAAUUCUACCACUGGCGAAAAAUUUAAACUGGGUAAAUUGCUAGUACCUCAUGCAGGAACAUCACAACCUGUGGAUGUUUUAACUGCGGGCCAAAUUGGAUUACUAACUGGAUCCACAAUCGAAAACAAUGUUUCCACAGGUGAUACAUUACUAUCACAUUCUUUGAAGAAGGAUGGCCUGAAGUCGUUUGACAAAAAAAAGGAAUUGACAUUAAAAAUUAAUCCUAUCUUCAUCCCCCCCCCAGUUUUCGGUGUUUCCAUUGAACCAAGGACUUUGAGUAAUAAAAAGUCAAUGGAGAAUGCUUUGAACACUUUAGUUACCGAAGAUCCUAGUUUGUCAAUUACGCAAAACGACGAGACUGGUCAAACGGUUUUGAAUGGUAUGGGAGAAUUACAUCUAGAAAUUGCUAAAUAUCGUUUGGUAAACGACUUGAAAGCGGAUGUGGAAUUCGGUCAAUUAAUGGUUUCUUAUAAAGAAACUAUCAAUUCAGAAACAAAUUUAGAAACGUACGAAAGUGAUGAUGGAUAUAAGUUCUCUUUAUCCGUACUGCCAAAUGCUGCUCAUAUUCCUAACUGUGCUACAUAUCCCUUGGGAAUCAACGAUAAUUAUUUGGUAAUGAAGAAUAACGUCAAGUACGAUAAAGAAUGGAGGCUUCAAGUCCCUUUAGAAUCGAUUAUAAACUCUAUCAUGGCAAGCUGCAUUGUGGGGCUACAAAGAGGUGGAAAGCUAGCCAACUUUCCACUGUAUGGAUGCUCAAUCAAAAUUAGAGGUGAUUGGUCAGUACCAUUAGAUAUUGAAACUCCCCAAGAAAUUUUGAAGAUUACCAGGAAUUUAGUUCUCACAGCUCUUGAUGACUUACCAACUGAUGGAUAUGCUCUUUUGGAACCCAUUAUGGAUUUAGAUCUGACCAUCCCUCAAUCAGAUGUCGGCACGGUCUUGCAGGAUUUAGCAGGUGCAAGGAAGGCUCAAGUUCUUUCCAUCGAAGACGAAUGCAGUCCAAUAACUCCUGCUCCAUCCUCGAAUGCUUCUUUCGAAAAUAACGAAAGAAUCUAUAUCCCGCCUGAUGUUAUUUCUACCUUACACACUAUCAAAGAUAAAAAGAAAUCACAAGACGCCACUUUCAAUAUGAAAAAGAAUAUUAAAGCUAGAGUGCCACUAAGAGAAAUUACAGCAUACACCAAUAAACUGAGAAGCUUGUCACAAGGGAGGGGUGAAUUCAAUAUUGAGUAUUUUGAUAUGGAAAAGGUCACUGAUGAUCGUUUACAGUCCAUACUUCACGACUUGUAG